AGUGCUGCUCGUACCAUGAAACCGUGUGGUUUGGUUCCGUGGGCGCUUCCGCUUCUCGUGGUUCUCUUCGUUGUGCUUAACGUAGUGGAUUCGGAUCCGCACACCGAUAUCGAAACGGCUACCGGCGAUGAUCCUGACUUGGAUAAACUCGAAGAAGACACACCGGACUUUAGUGCCGAUGAUCGGAGUGGAAUGGACCGGAAUUGGAAGCUGUGGGUUUCGCCUUCCCGUCUGACCGGUUUCAAACUGUCAUCGACGACAACUUCGUUGGAGCGUUACCAGCAGAAGUUAGCUGAUCGUGAUUUCGCGAAAGCCACCGCUGGCAUGGAUGACGAAACAAUUUUCCACCUGCAACCGCUCGACUGCCGGUAUUCGGGGCCGUACCGGAGCUUCGAUGGCAGCUGCAACAACCUGUACCACGGUUGUUGGGGUCGAUCCGACGAAACCUACGGCCGUAUGCUGAGUCCCGAGUUCGGGGACGGUCUCGACACACCCAGGAAAGGAAGACACGGCAACAGACUCCCGAACGUACGUUUGUUGUCGACGCUGAUGCAAGGCAAUCAAAUCCAGUCGGAGAAAACCGCCUCGAAGUACUUCACGGACCUGAAUACUCACUUCGGACAGUUCGUCGCGCAUGAGGUCUCGUCCGCCGCUCCAUACUCGGACAAGGUCGUGCAGAAUGGGAAACUCGUCCAAGUCACUCCACCCUGCUGUUACACCACCGACAAAGACACCGAAUGCAACGAAAUUCUCGUUCCGGACAACGACGUCUUCUACGAAAAAGGCCAUUGCAUCGAGCUGGUCCGCUCGAAGUUCUACAAUUCCUCCGAGACGGCCUGCCCCAAGAACAACGCCGUUCCGAAAGAUGUGCGCGAGCAGGUUAAUGCGGUGACGGCUUUCAUCGACGGGUCCCUCAUCUACGGAUCGUCCAAGUUCAAAGCCGAACCGUUGAUCGACGACGACGGAACGAUGUUGAUCGACAAGAACUCCAAGUACAUCAAGGGAGGUCUAAUGCCCCGCAGCGACGAGGAUGGGUCCUGCUCGAGUUUCUAUCCCGGCUGCGACCAGCGCUGCUUUAAGGCUGGAGACGUUCGAGCGUCUCUGACCCCGAUUCUCGGAGCCCUCCAGACGAUGUUCCUCCGACAACACAACAUUAUCGCGAAAGCUUUCAUCGCGCGGGGUUGGGACAAAUGGCAAACAUUCAACGUGUCCCGGAAAAUCAUCGGUGGCAUGCUCCAAGUGGUCGUCUACAAGGAAUAUCUUCCGCUUCUGCUCGGCCCACUUGCCAUGAGACGUUUCGAGUUGAGCGUGCCCACACCGAGGUACGUGUAUCGACCGUCCUUGAACCCGUCGCUUCUGAACGCGUGGGCGACCGCCGCCUGCCGUGUCUCCCACUCGAACAUCGCCGACAAGUUGAAGCGGGAAGGACUCAGCUUGCUCAAGUGUCCGACUCUUGCGUACGAUAUCAACAACAUGGACACGUUCUGCAAACCCGAUACAGACCCAAUCCGAGCGUUGCUGGUUGGUGCGUGCCAGCAGAAAAUGCAAGAUCUGAACACGGUGUACUCGCUGCAAAUCACCCGCUACCUUUUCUCGACACCCUACAAACCCGGCAAGGAUCUGCGGGCGAUCGAUUACCACCGAGCUCGAGACCACGGUAUCCGACCGUACAACGAGUGGAGGAGGUCGUGCGGACUGAAACCCUUCGGAUCGUUUGAAGAGAUGAAGAGAGCUUCUUCGAAGCAGUACGGUCCGCUGAUCGACAAACUCAAGAUCGCCUACCGUAACGAUAUCGACAACGUAGACUUCGGCGUCGGAGCCAUCCUCGAGCCACUGGCGCCGGGCUCCACGUUCGGACCCACUAUCACCUGCUUGUUCGGACACCAGUUCCACCGCUUGAAAUACGGCGAUCGCUUCUGGUUUGAAAACCCUAAAGUUCCGACUGCUUUCACGCCUCAACAACUGAGCCGUCUCCAACGGGUCACGCUGGCUGGUUUGAUCUGCGCGACUACGGACGUCUUACGGAUUCAGAAAAAUGUCCUGCUCGUGCCCGGACCGAACAACCCGCUCGUGGACUGUGCAACGCUCGUCAGAGAACAGGAUCUCAACUUGGCUUCGUACCAUUAUUAGUUUGUUCUCACUCAGUAAUAAAUUAUUGAUGGGGAGAGACGGUGGUGGCGACCUGGUCAUCCUUGUUCACGUCAU